AUGGACGCUAUACUCGAGCUCCUCGACCCGUAUGUCUUCGAUUACGGAUACGCAUACCUUUUCCCCCAACAGCAGCUCCAGCAAUCAACAAAGGCAUACGGAAACUCAACAAACUACGGCGCCUCGUCUUCCAGCAACUUUGACCAUGAGUACUCGCUCAACUUCGGCUCGUCACUACCGCGCGACGACAUCUACCGCCAGAGCGCUUCGAUUCUCAUGAUCGCUGGCUUCGGCGCCGCCUUCAUCUAUGUUAUCUCCGCCGCCCUUUCAUACUACUUCGUUUUUGAUCGCCGCCUCGAACAUCACCCUCGAUUCCUCAAGAACCAGAUCAAGCUCGAGAUCCAGUCUAGUUUCUUCGCCAUCCCCAUUAUCGACAUUCUCACGCUCCCCUUCUUCCUUGGAGAAGUCCGCGGCCACAGUCUGCUGUACACCCGAAUUGACGAGUAUGGCUGGUGGUGGCUGGCCGUGUCUACCGCCCUCUACAUGGUCUUUAACGAUCUUGGCAUUUACUGGAUUCAUCGCCUUGAGCACCAUCCCAGUAUCUACAAGUAUGUCCACAAGCCUCACCACAAGUGGAUCAUUCCCACCCCCUGGGCUGCCAUUGCUUUCCACCCUGUCGAUGGAUACCUCCAGUCCCUCCCUUAUCAUGUCUUUGUCUACAUCUGCCCCAUGCAGAAGCACCUCUACAUGUUCCUCUUCGUCUGCGUUCAGAUCUGGACCAUCCUUAUCCACGACGGCGACAUGAUUACCGGCCAUUGGCUUGAAAAGUUCAUCAACAGCCCUGCCCACCACACUCUCCACCACAUGUUCUUCACCUGCAACUACGGCCAAUACUUCACAUGGGCCGACAACUACUGGGACUCUCACCGUGCCCCCAUGCCCGAGCUGGACCCCAUUCACGAGGCCGUCCGGGUCAUGCGCGAGAAGGGCUUGGUGGACAAGGAUGGAAACCCCAUCAAGAAGUCCAAGGAUGAGUAA